GGCCGCUUCGAGGAGGACUUCAUCUCCAAACGCCGCAAAGGCCUCGCCUGGUGGAUGGACCACAUGUGCAGCCACCCGGUGCUGGCUCAGUGCGAUGCCUUCCAGCACUUCCUCACCUGUCCCAGCACGGAUGAGAAGGCCUGGAAGCAAGGCAAGCGCAAGGCUGAGAAGGAUGAGAUGGUGGGUGCCAACUUCUUCCUGACCAUCAGUGUCCCCACGGGCCCCGGGGCCAGCCUGGACUUGCAGGAGGUGGAAAGCCAGGUGGAUGGCUUCAAAGCCUUCACGAAGAAGAUGGACGAGAGCGCUCUGCAGCUUAAUCACACGGCCAAUGAGUUUGCCCGUAAACAAGUCACUGGCUUCAAGAAAGAAUACCAGAAGGUGGGGCACUCCUUUAAGUGCCUCAGUCAGGCGUUUGAGCUAGACCAGCAGGCCUUUUCAGCUGGCCUCAACCAAGCCAUAGCCUUCACUGCAGAUGCCUACGACGCCAUUGGGGACCUCUUUGCAGAUCAGCCCCGGCAGGACCUAGAUCCUGUGAUGGAUUUGUUAGCGCUGUAUCAGGGCCAUUUGGCCAACUUUCCAGACAUCAUCCACGUCCAGAAAGGUGCCCUUACCAAAGUAAAGGAGAGUAAGCGGCAUGUGGAAGAGGGGAAGAUGGAGCUCCAAAAAGCCGAGGGCAUUCAAGAACGCUGUAACAUUAUUUCUUUUGCAACCCUAGCAGAAAUUAAUCAUUUCCACAAAAUUCGUGUGAGGGACUUUAAAUCACAGAUGCAGCAUUUCUUGCAGCAGCAAAUACUCUUUUUUCAAAAAGUGACACAAAAGCUAGAAGAAGCUCUUCACAAGUAUGACAGUGUUUAAUCUCUGAACUUUGCUUUGUGGACUUCCCUCAGCGUGAAUGUGACCCAGGUGGCAGAGCAAACGCUGCUGCUGCUGAAGAACUGUUGCCAGUGGUUGACGGUGGUACAAGGAUGUUUUUUGUUCACCCGGAACCCUGGUUUAAUCUCCAGUUAUGUAGAAAGGAAACAGUUAUAGGGCUAUGUAGUAGAAACAUUACCACGCAUUGUAGCUAAGUUAUACUGUAUAUGCCUACACUACCAUUGUAACUUUUUUGAAAUAAUGAGUAUACUAUUUGCCUUAUUGCUUUUUGAAAUGCGGUAUUUUAGUGCAUACUUUGUAGACCUCAAAACCCUUUGGGUCUUUAAGGAAGCUGGCUAGAUAAAAGCCUGCUUCAGAUGCCUUUUCACUUUCCUAGUUUUGGAUUUCCUAAAUUCAAACGAUUCUCUGUUUACAGACUCCUACUAGAGCAGCUAUGUGAUUCUGUGCCUUUAGACUCUAUUUUUCCUUUUCUAGUAAGUCACAUUUUUAUGAUUGAA